CCCAGCUGGGAGACCCGAGGCCCAGCUGACCGUCAUGGUCAAGGGUGGAAGCCUGGCUUAUCUCUCCACCUGCCUUGUUCCCUACCACUUUAUCAGGAAGAGCGAGAAGGUGCCACAGUUUGGAACUCUCACCUCUCCCUCCCCGUGGGACUGGAUCCAGAUGUGAGGGGAACAGUCCUCAGGGACCCCUGUCAGCGUUUAAAAGGCCUCAGACCUCAGCCUGGGCCUCAGCUCGACCUUCCCAACAUGUGGAAGCUGCUGAUUUUGAGUGUGCUGUUGGAGGCAGUCUUUGGAAAUGAGAACUUUGUGGGGCACCAGGUUCUCCGAAUCUCUGCAGCCGAUGAAGCCCAGGUGCAGAAAGUGAAGGAGCUGGAGGAUUUGGAGCAUCUGCAGUUGGACUUCUGGCGAGAUCCUGUCCGGCCUGGAAUCCCCAUCGAUGUCCGAGUGCCCUUCACCAGUAUCCAGUCUGUCAAAGUCUUCCUGGAAUCUCACGGUAUCAACUAUGAGAUCAUGAUUGAAGACAUUCAGACACUGCUGGAUGAGGAACAGAAGCAGAUGUCUGCCUUCCAGGCCAGGGCCCUGUCCACCAAAACCUUCAAUUAUGCCACCUAUCAUACCCUGGAUGAGAUCUAUGAAUUCAUGGACUUGCUGGUGACAGAGAACCCACAGCUUGUAAGCAAGAUCCAGAUCGGCAACACUUUUGAAGGUCGCCCCAUUUAUGUACUGAAGUUCAGCACUGGAGGGACCAACCGCCCAGCCAUCUGGAUUGACACUGGCAUCCAUUCCCGGGAAUGGGUCACCCAGGCCAGCGGCGUCUGGUUCGCAAAAAAGAUCACUGAAGACUACGGCCAAGACGCGGCUUUCACAGCCAUUCUUGACAACAUGGACAUCUUCCUGGAGAUUGUCACCAACCCUGAUGGUUUUGCCUACACGCACAAAACGAAUCGCAUGUGGCGCAAGACUCGAUCACGCACACAGGGCUCGCUCUGUGUUGGGGCGGACCCCAACAGGAACUGGGACGCUGGCUUUGGCCUCGCCGGCGCUAGCAGCAACCCCUGCUCAGACACUUACCAUGGCAAGUUUGCCAACUCUGAAGUAGAGGUCAAGUCCAUCGUGGACUUUGUGACAAGCCAUGGAAACAUCAAGGCCUUCAUCUCCAUCCACAGCUACUCUCAGCUCCUUCUCUACCCCUACGGCUACACGUCAGAACCAGCCCCCGACAAGGAAGAGCUGGAUCAGCUAGCUAAGUCUGCUGUGACGGCCUUGACAUCUCUGUAUGGGACCAAGUACAAGUAUGGCAGCAUCAUCGAUACAAUCUAUCAAGCCAGUGGGAGCACUGUUGACUGGACCUACAGCCAGGGCAUCAAGUAUUCUUUCACUUUUGAGUUGCGGGACACUGGGCUCCGAGGCUUCUUGCUGCCUGCCUCCCAGAUCAUCCCCACAGCUGAGGAGACAUGGCUGGCCCUUCUAACCAUCAUGGACCACACCUUCAAACACCCAUACUAAAGCAGCGCUUUACCCCCUACCCCUCCCUUCUCCCUAGCCCCAUCUGGGCAACUCAAUAAAAUUGAUUGUA